AACAGAAACAAGACUAACUAGUUGCAAUAGACCCUUGUGGUCUAGCUCUCUUCCCCCAAUCCUACGCAUAGCUUUCUGUGACCUUGGAGAAACUGGUAAAGUUGUUGUCAUGUGACCAGGAGGUCACGGGUUCAAGUCUUGGAAACAUCAUCUGGCAGAACUGCAAGGUAAGGUUGUGUACAAUAGAUCCAUGUGGUCUGUCCCUCUUCCCCGGACCCUACGCAUAGCUACGAUGCUUUACACUGCAAUCUUUUCUUUUGGAGAAAUGACAUUCACUUUGGUGCUUAAGAAGCAACCUAUGAUGAUAUUCUCUUGUUUUUCUCUUUUUUCUUUUUUUGGUUCCUUUCUUAACUUGUAAAGUCGAGUAUGUUGCAGCUGCCUAUAGGUAAUAUCACCAUUAUUAUUUCAUUAAGUUUUGCUCAUUUGAGUUGGUGAAAAGAUUUUCUUUGUUCUGUCGUCAUGUUUUGUUUGUUUCUUAAGUAAUCGACUACUCUAUUUGUUUGUUUUUAUGAGAAAAGAAUCACAAGAUAAAGUGAAUCUUAAGAGAUCCAAGUAUUACUUUUGUCUUGGGAGGUUUAAUAAGUUCUCAAAACUGUUCAUGUUCAUUAUAUUCUUUCAGUUUUUGACAUGAAAGCGAAAAUAUGAAAACAUCAAAAUCCCUUUCCUGUGAUCAAGGCAAGCACCAGAUCCCUUUCUUCUUUGAGAUUCAUUAAGAAUCUAAUUAGUUUUUCCUAUAUAAUAAUGUUUCAUUAAGAUAAAGCAAAGGACACACAGGAUUAUCAAAAGGAAUGGAUCCAAUCUUGUUCAGUGCUGCAAUGAGAGGAAAUAUCAGAGAUGUCUAUUAUAAUUUGAUAAGGGAUGAAGAAUAUGGAUACCAAGUCACUCCAAAGGGUAACACAGUCCUUCAUGUCGCAGCCCUCUACGGCCACUCCCAUUUCGUGGCAGAAGUCCUUAAGAUUUCUCCGGCAAUGUUAUGCUGUCAAAACAAGAAAAAUGAAACCGCUCUUCACAUAGCAGCUAACGAAGGGCAUACUGAAGUUGUCCGUGUGCUACUUGCAUGUGUCGAAGAUCAUCAUAAUACUAGUGAUAAACUCACGAGGAUGACAGAUGCGAGUGGAGAUACAGCCCUGCACAAGGCCGUGCGGAGCCAACAUCUAGAUGUGGUUAAGCUCUUAGUGAAAGAAGAUUCUGAAUUCGAAUUUCCGCCUAAUCAUGCACAAGAGACGCCACUGUAUCUGGCGGCUGAAUCUGGUUUUCAUGAUGCUUUGAUUAUCAUCCUGGAAUCCUGCAACAAUCCAACUUAUGCUGCAGGUCCAUCUAAUAGAACGCCGCUGCAUGCAGCAGUAAUUCAGGAACAUAAAGAUUGCAUUAGAUCACUUUGGCGAUGGAAUAAGCCUUUAUGCGAGGAACCUGACUUAUGGGGUUGGAAUUCACUGCACUAUGCUGUCAAAUUAGGACUGAAAGACGUAGUUUCUGAUAUGUUGGGGUGGAAAAAAUCCUUAGUGUACCUUCCGGCAGGCAGUGAAAAUGACUGGACGACAGCAAUUCACAUUGCAGCCUGUGAAGGUGACGUAAACAUGAUAAAGAAGCUAUUAAAUGACUGCCCUGAUUGUUGUGAUACGCUUAAUAGCAACAAUCAAAAUGCUCUUCAUAUUGCCGUAUUGAAAAAUCAAGACAGGGUAGUCCACAUCUUAUUAGGUUCUGAUAAGUGUGACAGCCAUGUUGAUGAGCCAGAUAUUAACGGCAACACUCCUCUCCAUUUGCUUGCUGCCUCUGGUAACCAUGUGCCUGAAUUAAUAAACCAUCCUAGAGCAAAGAAGAUGUUAUUUAACAAAGAAAACCAGACUCCACUUGAUAUAGCGUUGUCAUGCAAGGUGACAACAAAGAAGGAGAAAUUGAUGGAGGAUUUGUCUAGCACUGGCCGAUUUGGAAAACGUGACUUUGAGGUAAAGAAGAAGUACGAGUACAUGCACAAUUCGAAUGAUGAAACGGCAACAGGAGUCAAAAUACAACUCAGUGAUGAAAUGGGAACAGGAGACAAAAUGCGACUGAGGGAAGAUGAUCAUGAUAAAGCUAAAAGGGCAGAUCAAACAAUAAUCGAAACUACUAUGAAGGUAGCUGAAGUCCAUAUUGUUGUGGCCACUUUGAUUAUGACAGUCACUUUCGCUGCUGGUAUCACAUUGCCAGGAGGUUUUGAGAGCGAUCCCGAUAGCCAUAAUCAAGGGAUGGCGAUUCUGACAAGUAAAACAGCAUUUCGUGCAUUUGUUGUUUCCGAUGCUAUUGCCUUCACAUUGUCAGCUGUUGCCAUUUUCAUCUGCUUCCUCAUGGCUAAUGCAAGUACAGGACCUCAACAUACAAAACUUAUACAGAAUCUUUGUAAUCUCGCAUGUAUUUUUCUGUGCUUAUCGAUGUUAGCAGUUGUAAUUGCAUUUGCAACUGGUAUGUUUGCUACUUUAUCACAUUCACUUGGUCUUGCCAUUACAGUCUGUUUCAUAGGUUGCCUCUCUAUUGUAUUGUACUUCUUGGUUGUUAUUUAUAGUUGUAAAUAUGUGUGAUGAGAGUAAGAUGAAGAAUAUAAGUGAGUAGAGAGACAUGAAUGCUAGUUUCUACUUUUACUUAUUGCUUCCAAAUGUAUAAUUCAACUACAUAUUUCAGUUUUUACCGAAUACCUUGAAGUACA